AUGGCGAAUACAACCACAACAUCAACAAAUACAAUAACAUUGUACAAUGAUACAUUUGAUGUGGUUGAUGAGACCAAUGAUGGUUUACAAUUUUCGGCUGAUAUUUUAAAUCAAUAUUUCCUAUCCGGUCAAUUACAAUCAACCAUAUAUCAAGAGGAAAAAAUCAACUAUGAAAUUCUCAAUGAUAUGGAUUCUAUCGAAAUAAUUCAAGAUGAAGAAACCAUUUUAUCACAAAAAUUAAGUCAAUUAUCGACAAAAAACAAACAAGAAAUGGGUUUAUCUUCGAUGAUCGAUAAAAAACGACGGCAUAGUUCUGCAACCAGUCCCUGUACAACAUCAAAGAAAAUUAAAACAGCUGAAGAUAGCAGUGACGAAGACGACGAUAUCGAUAUUCAAGAUACAAACCCGAAAGAGCAAAUUCCAAAUUAUUUAACAAUCAAUCAUCUCGCAUUUGUUCGUAUGAAUGCGACUAUUUUAAAACAGGCUCCAUCGAUUACUGUCACUGAUCUACAAGAAAUGGCUUUUUUCAUGCAUCAAAUUGAAGCUAUUCGUAUGAAGAAAGUGAUUACGAAUAUUUAUUUAAAAUCCGUCACUGGCACAUUAACAGAACCAGAAUUAGAUUUAAUUGAAGUUGAUCGACGAGUAUAUCCAAUGCAAGUUAAAUCUUUACUUUUAGCAAAACAACCAAAAACAACUGCCAUAACAACAACCACAACCACAACCAUGGAAAUGAAUGAACCUGAUCAACAGUCUGCUUGUGAAAAAUUAAUCCAUCAACGUUUAGAAGAAUUACAGGAAGAAAUGCAAUAUUAUGAAAAAAAGUUAUUGGAAAAAAAAAAUUCUUUAACUGGAUAUACAUUAGAUAUGAAUGAAACUCUACAAAAAUUUGUUCAAGAAUAUGGAAUUAAACCACUUGAAUUAAAAUAUCAAUUAAAAAAAACAAUUGUAAUACAUGAUUUUGAAUUAGAAAUUCUUGAAAGAAAAUAUAAUGCAGAAAAACCAAAUGAAUAUCAAAAUGAAAUUGUAAAACGUCUAUCAACCAUGAGACGUCAAGUGGAAAAAUCAAAACGAGCAAUGAUGGAAUUAAAACAAGGUGUAUUCUUUCAUAAAUCUUCCGUGUCAUUUGAUUCUAUUCAAUUGUCAACUUCGUCUCUUAAUGAUACAAACAUAAAUAAUCAAGGAAAACAAAAAAAAUUUCUUAAUCAAUAUGAAUAUCAACUUCGAUGUAAGAAACUUGAUUUAAUUGCUUUACAUUUACCACAAGCAGAAUUAACUUAUUAUCGAUUUCAAGCUGAAUUUGAUACUGAAUUAGCUUCGAUGUGGAAAAAUCAUCGUAAUUUUGUUAAAGAUCAAGGAAUGAUACAAUCACUCCUUAGUUUACUUGAAAAACGUCUUGCUAGUAUUACCAAUCGAUGGAGAGAUAUAUAUAAUUAUCGAAUUGAUUAUUAUCUUCAAAAUGCAUAUGAUGAAUUAGAUCACAGUAAUCCAGAAGAAAUAACACAAUAUGUAAAAAUUAUGUCACCUUCAUCCUCGAUUAUGAUCGAUGCACAACAUCCAUUGAAUGAAAAACAACUACAAUUAUUAAGUCGUGGACCCAAUUAUGUACCACCUUGUUUCAUGUAUACAACAUUAUCUUAUGAAUCGAUGGGUGAUAUUGUCAAAAAACAAUAUGCUCCAUUCAAACAUACACUCAAUAACUUAUUUUUAAAAUAUAAACUUAAUUUAAAUUUACAAAUGGAAAUUCAUAAGAAAGUAUACGAUUUAUUUCAAGAUUUAUUUUCCAAAUCAAUUCCAUCGGAUCUUUUUCAACGUGCACAGUAUGAAAAAAAAUUAAUUGAAUCCAUUCGAUUUUCUUUCCAGAAACAUAAUAUUAUUUUACGAAGAACUGCUGAUAAUAUGAAUAUAUUCUAUAUGGGAAAUAGAGAAGAAUUCGAAAAAAAAGCUGAUCGAUAUUUAUUAACCUCCGAAAAUUACGAUCUUCUAUUUGAUACUAAUGAUACCAAUAGCGAAAAACCAUUAAAUAUGGCUAUCAAAGAUAUGAUAGAAUCCAUGAAUGCUUUAUUAGAAAAAUUAAAAAUACAUAAAGCCAUUACUAUGGAUUUAUAUAAACAAUUUAUGGCUGAUCCAACCAAUAUUAAAAUACCAUACUUAUAUUUUCUACCAAAUAUAUCCAAUGAAAAUGUGAUGUCAUUGGUACCGAUUGUUACAUCUCAAUAUAGUAUAACAUGGAAAAUUGCUAAAUAUUUAAAUAAAUUAUUACGACCCUAUGCUGAUGGAGUAUUACGAUCAACAUCAUUUUUUGAUGAAAAUGAUUUUAUUCGAAAAUUAUAUCGUUAUGCCAAUGUGGAUUGUCGUCUUCGUCCAUCAACCAUUUUUUGUUCUAUUAAAAUCACGAACUUUUAUACAUUAGAUGAACAUGAAGAAAUGAUAGAUGUUAUUGGAUAUUUUUUGCAAGAUAAUUUAGCAACAAACAAACUUGAACCACUGACAAUUCAAACUAUUCGAAAUUUACUACAUUUAUUUCUUCAUAAUAAUAUUUUUUCAUACAAGAAUAGUAUUUAUAAAUUCACUAAAGGUAGUCCAAACACAAUACCAUUAACGGAAACCUUAUCCAAUAUUUAUUUAUUUAUGUGGCAAAAGAAAAUAUUAAAAGAAGUCAAUCAAAAUAUUGAAUUAUUUGGAAGAUACAAAGAUCAAAUAUUUUUUACAUGGAGUAAAUCAACUGCUAUAGCAUUGGAAGCAUUUAUUGAAGAUCUUCGAGAACAAAAUGGAAAUGUUCGUUUUCAAAAAUUAAUUGGUCCCAAUGUUUCAUUUCUCAAUGCUUAUAUUGAAAAUCGACAAGGUCAAUUAUAUAGUCGAGUUCAUCAUGAUUUUAAUAUGCCACGUUAUAUAUUACCUUAUGUUACCGGUCACACCAAAUCAUGUCAUAGUGGUCACCUAUUUUUAUCUUUAAUACGUGCUGUUUGUUAUUGUACAUCCGUAGAUGAUUUUCAACAAGAACGAAUUUAUUUAGAAAUAACUUAUCUUAUUAAUGGUUAUUCACUCUUAUUUCUUGAAACUCAUGUCAAGCGGUUUUUUAAUUAUUUUGAUUCUGAAACAAUGCGUUUUUCAUAUAAUCAAAAUAGCUAUCAUAAAUUUCGUCAACUAUGGUUUCAAUAUGUUCAGCAACGACAAGAACAAUCACAACAACUACAAAAAUUUGAUGAUACUAAUUGUUUAUUUCAAUUUGAUUAUAUAUAUGAUUUUGGUCCCAAAUGUCGUUUUAAUCGAGAAUUUCGUCGCCUUUGGCACGAUUACUUUCAACACCAUCCAACUCUAUCAGAAGAUAAUUGCCAUAUUAUCCUCAAUCCAAAGAAUUUUCAUUCUUUAAAUUCAUUAUUAGGAAUGGAUAAACCAUCUACUUCAUUGGCAUCAACUCAAUCAAGUACUUCUUCGUCGAUAGAUAGUGAAACAAACGAGCGAAAUUUAAGUCAACAAAUUCGUACAACAGAUGUGAAAGUAAAUUUAAUCGAUUGUAUGAAAUGUUAUGUACGAAUUCCGCGUUGUACGUUCGAACAACAAGCAUGCAAUUGUGAUGCAAAUACGAACAGAGAUAUGGUCCAAGAAGUAGAAGAAUUUCGACAAGAACAAGAACAGGAUUCUCCCAAACAAGUGAACAAAAAAGAAAAUGAGAAUUCACCAACAACUAAAUUCAUUUAUAAUAUUAGCAAUGAAAAUGAGAUAACUAGUCUUAUUGUUAUAGAUUUACCAUGGUCACAAACUUCUCAACCAAAUACAGCAGCUGAUGUUUAA